AAAAUCAUCCUCUCCUUCGUCUUCUCCAAAUGAUCUCUCAAUCUCAUUCUCAUCAUCUUCUUCUCUCUCAAUCCUCCUCCUCCUCCUUCUUCCUCCCGAAUCUCAUCACCCCCAAACCUACUCUCUCUUCUUCCUCCAUUUCCUUUCACUCUCUCUCCUCAAUGUUCCCUUCUCUCUCUCUCCGCCCACCAAACCCCACCGCCGUCUGCCACAUCUCCGUCACCGACAACAACCCUCUUCCCAAUUCCGAUCCAAUCCCUCCUCUCCGUAUCGCCAUUAUCGGAUUCGGCAACUACGGUCAAUUCCUCGCCGAAACCCUAAUUUCUCAAGGCCACAUUCUCUUCGCUCACUCCCGAUCCGAUCACUCCUCCGCCGCUCGUCGUCUCGGUGUCUCUUACUUCACAGAUCUUCACGAUCUUUGCGAACGUCAUCCUGACGUAGUCUUAAUCUGUACUUCAAUCCUCUCCAUUGAGAAUGUUCUCAAAACGUUGCCGUUUCAAAGACUCCGACGCAACACUCUCUUCGUUGAUGUUCUCUCUGUUAAGGAAUUUGCUAAAACUCUUCUUCUUCAAUACUUACCUGAAGAUUUCGAUAUUCUUUGUACACAUCCAAUGUUUGGUCCUCAGAGUGUGAAUUCAAAUCAUGGUUGGAGAGGAUUAAGAUUUGUGUAUGAUAAAGUUAGGAUUGGGGAACAUAGAUUGAGAAUCUCAAGGUGUGAGAGUUUUCUUGGUGUUUUUGAGAGAGAAGGAUGUGAGAUGGUGGAGAUGAGUGUUACUGAUCAUGAUAAGUUUGCUGCUGAAUCGCAGUUUAUAACGCAUACUCUUGGUAGGCUUUUGGGGAUGUUGAAGUUGCAGUCGACGCCGAUUAAUACGAAAGGGUACGAGGCGUUACUUGAUUUAGCUGAGAAUACUUGUGGGGAUAGUUUUGAUUUGUAUUAUGGGUUGUUUGUGUAUAAUAAGAACUCUUUGGAGGUGUUAGAGAGGAUUGAUUUGGCUUUCGAGGCAUUGCGUAAGGAGCUUUUUAGUCGACUUCAUGGUGUUGUGAGGAAGCAGUCAUUUGAAGGUGAAGCAAAGAAAGUUCAUGUUUUUCCAAAUGGUUAUGAAAUUGAUGCUUCUUUGGAUAUGAUGAGGUCAGAAGAUGUUGCUGUGAAGUAUGAAUAUAACCCCCAAGUCUCUGGCAGUGUUAAUGACGGUUCGAGGCUCAAGAUUGGUAUUGUUGGGUUUGGUAAUUUUGGACAGUUUCUAGGAAAAACCAUGGUCAAGCAGGGUCACACUGUUUUAGCCUAUUCCAGAACUGACUACACUGAUGUAGCUGCGAAGCUGGGUGUCUCGUAUCUUUCAGAUCUUGAUGAUUUGUUUGAAGAGCAUCCUGAAGUUAUUCUUCUCUGUACGUCAAUCCUUUCGACUGAAAAAGUUCUCAAGUCGCUCCCGUUUCAGAGACUGAAGAGAAGCACACUUUUUGUGGAUGUGCUUUCAGUAAAAGAGUUCCCGAGAAAUUCAUUUCUUCAAACUCUCCCACAAGAUUUCGAUAUUUUAUGCACACAUCCUAUGUUUGGACCAGAAAGUGGUAAAAAUGGAUGGAACAAUCUUGCCUUUGUGUUUGAUAAGGUUAGGAUUGGAAUGGAUGAUAGAAGAAAAUUGAGGUGUGACAGUUUUCUUGAUAUUUUUGCCCGUGAAGGAUGUUGUAUGGUGGAGAUGUCGUGUGCUGAACAUGAUUGGCAUGCUGCUGGAUCACAGUUUAUCACACACACAGUGGGAAGGCUUCUGGAGAAGCUGAGCUUGGAAUCUACUCCUAUCGAUACCAAAGGUUAUGAGACAUUGCUAAAACUUGUGGAGAAUACUGCUGGUGACAGCUUUGAUCUUUACUAUGGACUAUUUUUAUACAAUCCUAAUGCAAUGGAACAGCUUGAGAGGUUUCAUGUGGCUUUUGAGUCAUUGAAGAAACAGCUCUUUGGAAGACUACAUUCACAACAUUCUCAUGAGCUAGCUAAAUCAUCUUCGCCAAAGACAACUAAGCUAUUAACUAGCUAAAGUUAAAGUUCUCUCAGUCUUGCUCCUUGAUUACUAAUUCUUUUAAUCCCAUCGUCAUGCAUUAUUGUUCUACUCAAUAUGGUGGAAAUUGGCGUUUUUACUUGUGGAGAAAUCGUUUGGUCUUUGAAAGGCUUCCGUGUAAGUUUAUUGCUUUUUUGUAGCUUUAUUUGACCCUUUAGUGGGUUUGUUGUGUCUUUUGUCCUCAAUACGGGCUUCACAGUCCCAACCAGUUUUGAAUGUUAAACAGAAAUAAAGUGCAGACAAAAUU